GGAAUUUAGUUCGUGGUUUCCAGCGCUCCAUGUUGUUCGAAACUUCCAUUACCUAGUGCGUAGUAGACAUUUCUGGAUUUGUACUUCUAUGUAUGGUCUUGUACAAGCCCAUUUUACAGUCAACACUGAAAGUUCGAGUACAGUUAACUGCAGUGGCUGUUCGCAGUUUGAAUCAUCCCAUCGUCAGCGUCAUAACUUGAGGAUCUUGGAGGUUGAUUUUGGGAGCAAAGAACGGUAAAAGAAAGAAGAAGACCGAGUCAUAGUUCCCACAAACACAAAUCAGGUCUUAAACAAUGCUUUCCUCACCAGUAAACCUGCCGAAAUGGCUCGAAGAAAACUCUCACCUUCUGAAGCCGCCCAUCAACAACUACUGCGUUUACAAUGAUGAUUUCACCGUCAUGAUCGUUGGUGGCCCCAACGCCCGCACGGAUUACCACAUCAACCAAACCCCCGAGUGGUUCUACCAGUACAAGGGCGCCAUGAUGCUCAAGGUGGUCGACGACGGAAACUUCAGAGAUAUAAUCAUCCGCGAGGGCGAGAUGUUCCUCCUGCCAGGCAACACCCCGCACAACCCGGUGCGGUUCGCCGACACGGUCGGUAUCGUGCUGGAACAGAAGCGUCCCGCCGACACCAUCGACCGCAUGAGGUGGUACUGCCAGAACUGCAAGGAGAUUGUGCACGAGGCGAGCUUCCACUGCACCGAUUUGGGAACGCAGAUCAAGGCGGCCGUGGAAGCCUUUAAGGGUAAUGAGCAGCUGAGGACUUGUAAGAAGUGUGGUGUGCUGGCAGAUUGGAGCCCCAAGCCUGGAUCGAUCCAGGAUCCGAACGUGCAGUGAAUGGAAGGGUCUGCAUCAUGGCUUGGGGAUUCUGCGCGAUGGAAAUGAUGGCCUUAUCAAAUGUCCACCCUGCGAGCGUAUGUAAAAUAGAAUCUAUGUACAUCGAACCACACUAGGUUAUAUGAGGGUGGGCUAUCAUCCAUGUUCGUUUGGUGUUUACGUCUCAGCAUACUCGUACGCGCGGGUAGACUCCUCGACCGCGAUCUCGAUCUUGGCCUCCUCAAUUUCCUUGCCAUCCACACG